AUGGCCCACAAAGAAGGUUAUAACACUGCACACCCUCCAUUGUUCUUUGGUGAAGACUUCGGCUACUGGAAGGGUCGAAUGCAGUACUACCUCAAGACUCAAGUAGAGAUGUGGAUGAUAAUCCAAACCGGCUUCGCGCUUCCACUCAACAAUGCUGUAAAACCAAUAUCAUGCGAGAACUGGGACACAAAUCUGAUGAAGAAGAUCGAGGUCGACGCCAAAGCAACAUGUACUCUACAAUAUGGACUAACCAAAGAAGAGCUGAACCAAGUCGAUCCAUUUUCAAGCACCAAAUACCUAUGGAAAAAGCUAAUCGAGCUACACAAGGGCACUUCCGACACUAAAAUUCAAGACCCGCUCAACGGCCUCCACGCAAUCGAUCAGAAGGUGAAAAACCGCGAUGUUAUCAGUUUCAUCGUCGCUAUUGAAUGCCCCUCCGCCAGUGCAGCUCCGAAGACUAGGAAGAGGGCGAGGGACGACGGUGAUUUCAAGAGAGUCGCGGAGAUCGUUAUGGUUUUGUCGGCCUUGGGACAGAUGCGAGGCGGCAAGGAGCCGGCGGCGGCCGAGAAGGCGCUGGUGACCGAGGCCAAGGAGAGGCUUGUGGUGAUGUGCGAGGCCACCAAACCGAAGGAUCUCGUCUCCACGGAGGCAGUGAGGGUCGUGGCGGAGGAUCUCGAGCUGAACAAGUCUAAGGAUCCUGCUUUGGGAUUCCAACCGCCCAUGAUGUCCAUCGCAGAGAACUUGUAUUGGAAAGCACAGCAUUUGAAAAUACCUAGCUUUCCAGUUUUCACGGCAGAAUUUAUGGAAGUGUCCAAGGAAACAAACGUGCAUUCAUCAGUUCAUUCCUCUCAACAGCUUCUUGUAAGUGUUGGUGCAAAAUCUGAAUCUCGUGGUACCAUUGCAUCUGGUGCUUCUAGGAUUUCACAGGACAAGAGUCCUAUGCCAACAUCCUCUAGAGGCUUUCAUAAUUCUUCAACUAUAUCUCAUGUUCCUGUGCUGGCCUGGGAAAUAAAGUCUUCUACAGUUCAAGCAGGACAAGGAGGCCUGCAUAUUACACAUCAACCUACUCAAGGCUUGGCAUUCUUUCAUGCACCUUCUCUUUAUACCAAUCACAAUGAGAUUGGUAAGAGUGUGCAGAGGAUAUUGCAAUCGAAGGUUCUGGAUCACCCAAACUGGAUUCCUCCAUCAAGUGACUAUAUGAAUGCUUCUUUAAAUUGCCAGAUAUGCAAAAAUAUGAUUUCUGAUACAGAAAGUUUGCUUGUCUGUGAUGCUUGUGAGAAAGGAAACCAUUUGAAAUGUCUUCAAUCUUAUGGCAGCAAAGACAUUCCUAAAGCAGAAUGGCAUUGCCCAAGCUGCUUGGCAUCAAGUAAUGGAAAGACCUUGCCACCCAAAUAUGGAAGGGUCACAAGAGCUCCUGUUCCAGCACCAAGAGCUGCUCCAAAUACAAGCAUCAAUGUUGCUUCUAAGAAAAUAGAAGAUUUGGAUCCUAACACUAGUCGACGGAAAGAACUAGCCAACAACAAUUCUUAUGUGUCUCAACAUUCCAAUUCUUCGAAUUUGGGUGGCAGCCAUUAUGAUUCAAUGGUAAUUGGUGCUGAAAUGAAUUCGAGGACAAAUGGAAUUAAGAGAGACAAUGAAAAAUGUGAUGCAGUAGGUGAUCAUUUGGAGGAAACAAAUGGAUCUGUAUGUGCUAAUUCUGAUGCAUCUUGUGGGUAUCCCAACGAUAUUGAGAAUGAUAGUGGCUUCAAUGUUUUCAUACAUCUUUCAAAUGGAAAUAUCCAUCUAUACCAAACUAGUCCACACAACUUGACCUCACGCACGAGAAUGAUAGUAACAUUUGAAAGAUAUGUGAGAAAUUGGUAUAGUGAUGAUGCAAAAUUUGCAAUACAUCAAAAAUAA